AUGCAGCUCCGUCCGGGAGCCACGGUGCUCCGCGACGCCGUCUCCCGCAGAAUCACGACGCCGGCAUGCGUGCUGUGCCGACGCCCUCCCGCCAGCCCCCUCCCGGCGACGACACAUCGCGCGACGAUACACAGCUCACAAAGACGCGACUCGGCGUGGGCGGCGGCCGUCCAGGUCGCCUCCAACGUCGUGGGCAAUGUGGUCAAGAAGGCGGCCAAGGACGGCAUGACGGUCGACCCCCUGCGCACCGUCGCCAAGGAGAUGCAGUUCCUCACGGGCAACAUCCGCAAGCUGCUGGGCUCCGGGCACCCGUCGCUCGACCGCGUCGCCAAAUACUACACCCAGGCCGAGGGCAAGCACGUCCGGCCGCUCAUCGUCCUGCUCAUGAGCCGGGCCACGCACCUGUGCCCCAAGAACCCGCGCCCCGAGCUCACGCAGAGUGCGAGGGCCAUCGACUCGUCGAUAUCGCCCGCGCAGAUCCUGGCCGACGUGAACCCCUCGGCCAUGCCCUUGACGGCCAGGGAACCCGAGGCGCCCGAGGACGGAAACCUCGACAUCCUGCCGAGCCAAAGACGGCUGGCGGAAAUCACGGAACUGAUCCACACCGCCUCCCUGCUGCACGACGACGUGAUUGACCACUCCGUCUCGCGGCGCGGCUCGCCCUCUGCCAACCUGGAGUUUGGCAACAAGAUGGCGGUGCUGGCGGGCGACUUCUUGCUCGGCCGGGCGUCAGUGGCGCUGGCGCGGCUGCGGCACGUCGAGGUCGUGGAGCUGCUCGCGACGGUCAUUGCGAACCUCGUCGAGGGCGAGUUCAUGCAGCUCAAGAACACGGAGCGCGACGAGCGCAGCCCCAAGUACUCGGAGGAGACGCUGAGCUACUACCUGCAAAAGACGUACCUCAAGACGGCCAGCCUCAUCUCCAAGUCGUGCCGCGCGGCCGCGCUGCUCGGCAACGCAGACAGCACGACGGUCGACGCGGCGUACUCGUACGGACGGAAUCUGGGGCUGGCGUUCCAGCUGGUGGACGACAUGCUGGACUACACGCGCAGCGGCAAGGACCUCGGCAAGCCCGCGGGCGCCGACCUGGAGCUGGGGCUGGCGACGGCGCCCCUGCUGUUUGCGUGGAAGCAGAACCCGGAGCUGGGUGCGCUGGUCGGUCGCAAGUUUGAGCGGGACGGCGACGUCGAAAAGGCGCGUGAGCUGGUGCUCCAGAGCGACGGCAUCGAGCAGACGCGUGCCCUCGCGCACGACUACUCGGACAGGGCCAUUGCCGCGAUUGCCGACUUUCCGGACAGCGAGGCCAAAGACGGCCUGAUUGAGAUGGCGCAAAAGACGAUUAAGCGACAGAAAUAA